AUGGCCCGGCUGCUGCAGGCUGCGGUCCUCUUGGGCUGUUGUUCGUGGAUUUAUACUACUGAAUCGUCAUGCGUGUUCGACCUGGAGUGUCCGGAGUGUGUCCCGGACAACAUGCCGCUGGUGACGUCACACCGCGCCCACAACGGCUCCGUGACCGUGGCGGAGGGGGACGAGGUGACCCUGUCGUGCGGCGCCUCCCGGUUCGUGUCGUUCCCGCUGCGGGCCACCGUGACGGCGCGCUGCUCGGCCGGCCGGCUGCAGGUCGCGGGUGAGCCCAGCCUCAGACACGUGCUGGACCUCGCCUGUCAGCAGGACAUGUUCGAGGACGCUCUGCACUCGGUGGAGGGCUGUGCGCCGCCGCUCCAGGGUCACUCCUACCAGCUGCAGGAGUCGUCGGCCGGUCCGCGGCACCUGGCGCUCGUCUGCUUCGACGAGGACCGCGGGUUGCCGGUCUUCACGGUGGCCGUGGACUCCGCCUCCCACGAGCUGCGCCUGGCGCCUCACUCGGACCGCAGCUCGCCGCUCACUCUUUUCGGAAACCUCAACGGCAUGUUCGACGCCAGCACGCGAGCCGCCGCGGAGAAGCUGUACUCGGACGACGAGCGUCUCAACCGGCGCCUGCACGAGCUGUUUAAGCACGAGCGCGUGUCGUUCGCGAGCCAGCGGCUGACGAGCGGCCGGCUGCUCGCGCCGCACUACUUCGACGACCAGAACAUGCGCGUGGCGGAGUUCACGACCAACAAGGUGGCGCUGUGGAGCAGCGUGGCCGAGGGGAACUGGAGACACCUGCAGCGGGACGUGGCGCGCCUGGUGAGGGCUCGCGGCGGCCUGGUGGUGGCCAGCGGGACGCACGGGGAGGGCGCGCUGCGGGCGGCGGACGGCCGGAGACCCAUCCGCCUGCGGGGCGAGCGCUUCCCCGCGCCGCGCUACGUGUGGUCGCUGGUGGCGGGCGGCGGGCGCGCGCUAGUCGUGCUCGUGCUCAACGAGCCCUUUGUGUCCGUGAGCGAGGUGCGCGAGGCCGUGCUGUGUGAGAGCGCGUGCGCUCGCGUGUCGUGGCUGAGGGAGCUGAGGCGGGCGCGCCGCUUCGAGACGCCGCUGUACGGACUGGCCGUGUGCUGCGAGGCGCACGAGGCGGCCGACAAGCUGCCAGAGAUACCGAGACAUCUCCUGGCUGACGUGCCGCGCGGACCCGCCGGGAUGCUCACAGACCUGCCCGCUUAG